AUGGUAAGCAAUAUGUUUAUCCUGAGUCUGGCGAUCGCCGACUUAACGGUCGGCUUAAUCGUAAUGCCUAUCAGUUCAGUGUACGUACUGUUGGGCGACUGGAUAUUAGGUCUGGUGGUGUGUCAGCUCUGGCUUGUCAUCGAUUACACGGCCAGCACUGCCUCCAUAUUCAAUCUAUUGAUCCUCAGUUUGGAUCGUUACUGGUCUAUACGAUCACCCCUUAAAUACCUGUGCAAACGAACCAAAAAACGAGCGCUCGGUAUGAUUGGUAUCGUUUGGAUGAUAUCUGUCCUGUGGGUCAUCCCUAUCAUAGGUAUUGAGAGGUGGCACAUCUGGUAUACCGAUGGGGUUCGCAAACAUCCGGACAAUGUAUGCGAAACCGAAUUCAAUGACUCCAUUCUCUUCAAACUGACCACAUCUGCGGCCAAUUUCUUCAUUCCUAUGAUACUAAUGGUUGUCAUCUAUUAUAAGAUAUUCUGUGAAAUCAAAAGAAGGGGAAAGAUAGACAUCGGGAGGAGUGUGAGUGUCGGGUGCGCCGACCACUCCACAGGUUUGUCAAAGUCUUCACAAAGAAAACAACGCAAACUGUUAGACAGAAGUAAUUAUCUGCGAUCAAAGGGUUGUGCCUCCUGUUCCUCAUUCACAGCCAAACAAAUGACAAGAAUUACUUGCAAUUCAAAUGAACACACAGUGGAGAGUGAAAAGAGUUCACAAACAGACAGACAGAGAGAUAGGAACAGUAGAGAUAAGAGCUCUAGUGAUGACUUUGAGUGUCCAAACAAACUCCAGUUGACUAAUACGAGUCCUGUUGCCAGUGAUAAGGCCAGUGCGGACGACAACUCUUCCGUCAAACACUACCAACAGUUGACUUUAAUGAGUGUUAAGCCAGAAAAGCCGUCCCUAACGGCACUCGAGGAUUACAGGGGCGUCAAAGUGGAAGUGGAGUACAUUAACGGCGGAUCCAUUGUCAACAUAGUUAACGCCAAAACAUCCUCAGAUUCCGCAGAUUCUUCACUUCACACCAAACCGAUAGACCAAAUGUCAACCACUUUAUCAACGACUAAGACAUUAGACGCCAAAUCUGAUUCCGUUGUCUUCUCUUCCGGACACAAAUCCAAACAAAAGUUCAAUAAAAGUAAACAUAAAAAGUGCAAAAAUAGCGCAAAACACGUCAACAACAGCAACAAUGGCGAAGACAUGGGCGAAGAGGUGGACGAAUUGAGUGACAAAAAGAGUCAAUCAGUGAAAUGGAAACUCAGACGAAAUUCAUCGAAAAAGUUAAACAAUUUGGACGUGAAUUGUGGUGACAAACGACAGUCCCGUCCGUCGAUAGCCCUUCCGGCCAACGAGUUCUGCAGUGAGUGUCAGUGCACGGCAGCCAUGGCUGUGGCCGCCACUCAUCACAUGAAUGCGUUGCGCAGAGAGGAGUCCUCGCGGCUCAGGCAGGAGAAGAAGGCCGCCCGACAGCUGGGCGUCAUUCUCGGCGCCUUCAUCUUGUGUUGGAUGCCGUAUAUCAUCACUUUCAUUGUCACCGCUUAUUGCACGGACUGUGUCUCAUCCACUGUCCAUCAGGUCGCCAUUUGGUUAGGUUAUGUGAAUAGUUUUCUGAACCCAUUUCUGUACGCCUUAUGCAACGAGAACUUCAAGCAGGCGUUCAAGAAGUUGUUGGGAAGAGUGAAACCACAGCAGCCCUCCUACAACUUCGACCUCACCCACGCCACCAGCUUUCGAGUCCACAAAAACAACUUCUCCUGA